GGGGCAGGGCAGGGCGGCGCGUCCUGCAGCGUGGGAGUGGGGUUCCCCGGCUUCGCCUCCCCUGCUCACUCGGCUGCCCAGCUUUCUCCUGAACCCUGGCCGGGGUCCAGCACCGGUGGCCCCAGUAACGCGCCCCCGGAAUCGCACACUUGGCGUGUCCGACUGACUGUGUUAUCCCCGAGACCCGUCACUCGGUGCCGGGGCUCAGUUGACGACCCCGCCAUUCGCCCGAGUCACCGAAUCUGAUGCCUGGAGACACCCUGCGCGCCCCCUGCCGUGCGCCCACUUCCAUUUAACCUCGGAACCCUCUAGACUUGACUCCUUAACUCUGGAAUCUGCUCCUCCCGACACCACCCCACGCUCCGUCUGCUCGCCGCCUCCGCCUGGACCGUUGCGAGACGCUCCGUGCCGAGAUGGCUUCCAGCCUCCACCUCCCUCCUACCUCCCGGCACCUUCCCCUUGCAGCCAGAGGGAUGCUUCUGGAACGAGGACUUGACCCUGCCGUGUGCAUAGCCCUUAGGAUAACGCCCAAACUCCUUUAGUUGGAAAGUUUUUUCCGUUCUGCCACUUGCAUUUCUGCUUCGCUUGUGCUGUAUCUCGCCUCAUACUUUUUCUCCAGUAAUUCCAAGUCUCUGGUUUCCUUGUGCAAGCCGAACUGGUCCUCAGCACAGAAUCUUCUGGUCGUUCCUCUGCUCCGAGUCCUAGUUCCCUCGCCUCCCAUCUUCUUCAUGACUCAGCACAGUCAUCACCUUCUCCAAGAAGCCUUUUCUCUGUGCUGGAUAAAAGGCCACUCAAGGGCCCUGGCGCAGCCCUGUGUUUUGUCCAUUGAGGAGGCCGUCUCCACCAUGUAAGUAGCUAGGCUGCCAAGAUGCCAAAACCUCGGAAGGGCCCUCAGGCCGGUGGCAAGGGUGUGGCAGCUGCCAAACAGCUGGGGCUUUUUGUGGAGUUCAACCCUGAGGACAUGCUGCUGGGGACGGAGGAGACUGAAGAUGAUGGAGACCUGGAAGCUGAGCUGCUGGCCCUCACUGGGGAAAUGGGAAACGCGAGAGAAAAGCCAGCACCCAAGGGGCAGGCCCCUCUGCCUAUGGCCCACAUCGAGAAGUUGGCUGCGGACUGUAUGCGGGAUGUGGAGGAGGAGGAGGAGGAGGAGGAAGGGCUGGAGGAGGAUGCAGACUUGCUGACUGAGUUGCAGGAUGUGCUGGGUGCAGAUGAGGAGGCUGGGCCCCUGGAUGAUGAUGAGACAGCCAGCCAGGGUGGCUCUGAGGAGAAGGAACAGGAAAACAUUGACCCUCCACUGCAGACAGCUCUAACAGCUUCAGUCCCAGCUGCUCAGGAUGGAGGGCCUCAGGGGCUGCAGGCGCUGCUGGAGGAUCGGAUCCACAACUAUCGGGAGGCUGCUGCCAGUGCCAAGGAGGCAGGUGAAGCAGCCAAAGCCCGGCGCUGUGAGCGUGGCCUGAAGACCUUGGAAUCUCAGUUGGCUGCUGUGAGGAAAGGCAGGAAGAUCAAUGAGGAUGAGAUUCCACCUCCAGUGGCCUUGGGCAAGAGACCCCCAGCCCCUCUGGAGACAACCAACAGUAACCCUGACACAGAACCCCCAGGACCUCCCACUGCGGAGCAAGACAAUGCCUCUCAGCCUGAGACCAUCCUUUUGAGCAGCUCUGACCUUUCUGCCCCACCUGGUUCACACCCAGACCCACAGGUCCUGUUGCUGACCCGACAGAGAGAGUACAAAGUGGCUGCCCUGAAUGCCAAGCGGGCUGGAGACCUGGACCGUGCCCGAGAGCUCAUGAGGAUUGGGAAGAGAUUUGGUGCUGUCCUGGAGGCCCUUGAGAAAGGGCAGCCUGUGGACCUGAGUGCCAUGCCCCCCACACCUGCAGAACUGCAGCACCUUCCACAAGCUUCCAAGGACCCCAUAGAACCCUCAGUGAUGCCCCCAGCAGUGGAGCAAGCACAGCUGGUGAAGUCCCCCGACUCUGCAGCAGCCACAGUGACCCCUGCUGAGCCACAAACGGUGCUGGAGGCCUUGCAGCAGAGGCUGAACAAGUACCGUGAAGCUGGCACCCAGGCUCGGAGCAGUGGUGAUGAGCGCAAGGCACGGAUGCACGAGCGCAUUGCCAAGCAAUAUCAGGAUGCCAUUCGAGCACACCGAGCGGGGCGGAAAGUUGACUUUGCUGAAUUGCCUGUUCCUCCUGGAUUCCCGCCUAUCCCUGGCCUAGAGCCCUCUGCAGGCACUGAGGAGGAUGCGGUGGCAGCUACGUUAGCUGCUGCCCAGAAACUGGCCUCCUCAGAGGAUACAGCCCCAGCAGAGGACGAUGAGGAUGAGGAUGAGCCCCCAACUCAGGCCCCAGUGGCUAAGAAGCCAGCACAGCCUCUGGUCCCUCCAUCUCGACCCCUGCCUGGGCCCAAGACAUCAAGUUCUAAGGAGUUGCUGAGUCCCUCUGUGCGGGAGCAGCUGGCAUUGCUAGAGGCACGAAAGCUGCAGUACCAGCGGGCUGCCCUGCGGGCCAAGCGUGGCCAGGACCUGGAGCAGGCCAAAGCCCAUCUGCGGGUAGCCAAAUGCCUCGAGGCUCAGAUCAUUCAGGUCCGAGCUGGCCGACCUGUAGACCUCUCUAAGGUGCCUUCACCCUUGACGGAUGAAGAAGGUGACUUCAUCCUCAUUCACCAUGAAGACCUACGGCUCUCCCAGAAGACUGAAGAAGUGUAUGCACAGCUGCAGAAAAUGCUUCUGGAGCAACAUGAGAAGUGUCUGCUAUUCUCCAAGCAGUUCAUGCACCAGGGCAACGUAGCUGAGACCACCCGGUUUGAGAAGCUCGCUCAGGACCGCAAGAAGCAACUUGAUAUCCUGCAGCUGGCCCAGGCCCAGGGCCUCGACCCUCCCAGCCACCACUUCGAGUUGAAGACAUUCCAGACUGUGAGGAUCUUCGCAGACCUCAACAGCACAGAAAUGCAUCUUAUCAUUGUCCGCGGACUGAAUCUCCCUGCCCCUCCAGGGGUGACCCCUGAUGACUUGGAUGCUUUUGUGCGGUUUGAAUUCCACUACCCUAACUCGGACCAGGCUCAAAAAAGCAAAACAGCUGUGGUGAAGAACACAAACUCUCCAGAAUUUGAUCAGCUCUUCAAAUUAAACAUCAACCGAAAUCACAGGGGCUUCAGGAGGGUGAUCCAGAGCAAAGGAAUCAAGUUUGAAAUCUUCCAUAAAGGGUCCUUCUUUAGAAGUGACAAGCUGGUCGGUACAGCCCACCUGAAGCUGGAGCGGCUGGAGAAUGAGUGUGAAAUCCGCGAGAUUGUAGAGGUCCUGGAGGGAAGGAAGUCCACGGGUGGGAAGCUGGAGGUGAAGGUGAGGCUGCGGGAGCCUCUGAGUGGCCAGGAUGUGCAGACAGUCACCGAGAACUGGCUGGUUCUGGAGCCCAGAGGCCUGUGAAUGCAGCGGAUGAUUGACAUCGGUGAGGAGUGAGCCAGCCAGUAAUUGCAGGAAUGUACUUUUCUCAGCUAUUCCAGCUGUAGCUUUAGUACAUAAAGAAGAUGCUGCUACAUAAGCACCAAAGACCUGUUAAGUACGUGAAUUAUUGACCGUCGCCCACCAAAGCAGGCUGGGUUCCUGGGCCCCUCCCCCUCAGCGUGGUGAAGGCAAAGGUUGCCCAGUGCUCUGUGCCAUGGAGUCUUACUGCCCCUUAACCCUGUACCAUUUCUGGAUGUGCCUUUAAGAGAUAGAACUAUGGGAUGGGAGCACUAGUGGGUGACCUGGAAACCGCGUACCUCAGGGUGGGCAGAUUCCGUGACCAGUUGGCCGGUGGCAGCCUGGCUCUGUCUGUGCCUGGUUCUUGACAGCUGCUGUACCAGCCCCCCAGUGCUCUCCCGGAGGAAGGGAGGCUACAUUUGGAGCCAUGUUAAGAGAGUAAGAGCAAGGGGAUUUGGUCUUUGCACCUGUUAACUAGAGGGGGAGAAAGUAUAUAUAUAAUUUUAUGUAGCCAUUUUUAUUUAUUAUUGAAACUAGAGUUGAUUGAGCAAAGGUUUUACACUCGACACAGAGUAACCAUCAGAGUCCUAUACAAAAGUCCUGUUCCCUGUCACUUUAAAAAGCCAGAGUAGCAGUAACAUUUGUUAAUGGACAAAAGCUGCUACUUGGGCUUGUUUCUCUGAAUGGAUGGAGACAGUGGAGGGAUUUGUGGUUUCAAUAGAUUUAAUAUUCAAAAACUACAGAAUUCUACAUUUCUUAGAAAUAAACUUUUAACAACCCCA